CGAAAAAAAUAACCCUUACUAGUCUAUAGAGGGUCCAUACCCAACCCAAAAUUUUGGGUUAAAGACUUGGUUGUGUUGUUGUUGUCGGCUGCCUUGUAGAUUUUUUUUCUUUUUAAUGAAAAUAGGAACAACCACUUGAUGAAAAUACAAAAGAAGCCCUUUUUCUGGCCUAAGAAACUCAUUCUAUAUGUCUAUAUGAUGUGUAUAUGAUCCUUGAUUAAAUCAUGGGUGUAAAAUCGAGUGUCUACAAUAACAAACUAAAAAGCAAAAUUGAGAUCUUUUUUUAGGAGAAAGGACAAUGAGCUGCUUUGGUUGUUGUGAAGAAAAUGAUAUCCAUAAAGCUGCUGAUACUGGACCAUUCAUGGCAAAUAAUUCCGCAGUCAACAUGAAUCAUGCAGGAAAUAAUGGAGGAUAUGCUGCUAAAGAAGCUGUGCCAAAAGAUAAACAGACUGUAACUAUGCAACCUAUUGCUGUCCCUGCCAUUCCAGUAGAAGAGUUGAAGGAUAUAACGGAUAAUUUUGGUACAAAGGCUUUAAUUGGCGAGGGCUCAUAUGGAAGAGUGUAUCUUGGUGUCCUGAAUGGUGGUCAGACUGCAGCCAUUAAAAAGUUAGACUCAAGUAAACAACCUGAUCAAGAAUUUCUAGCAAAGGUCUCCAUGGUAUCAAGACUAAAAAAUGAAAAUGUUGUCGAGCUUGUUGGUUAUUGCGUUGAUGGCUCUCUUCGUGUCCUUGCGUAUGAAUAUGCACCCAAUGGGUCUCUUCAUGAUAUUCUUCAUGGACGAAAAGGUGUCAAAGGAGCACAGCCAGGCCCAGUUCUGUCAUGGGCACAAAGAGUUAAAAUUGCUGUUGGGGCAGCAAAAGGGCUUGAAUAUCUACACGAGAAGGCACAACCUCAUAUCAUCCAUCGUGAUAUCAAGUCCAGCAAUAUACUGCUUUUUGAUGAUGAUGUUGCAAAGAUUGCUGAUUUUGAUUUGUCAAAUGAAGCCCCUGAUAAUGCAGCACGCCUUCAUUCCACUCGUGUACUUGGCACCUUUGGUUAUCAUGCUCCAGAAUAUGCAAUGACUGGGCAGCUGAGUUCAAAGAGUGAUGUUUACAGUUUUGGUGUCGUCCUACUGGAACUCUUGACUGGUCGUAAACCUGUUGAUCAUACACUACCACGUGGACAGCAGAGCCUUGUGACAUGGGCAACACCAAAACUCAGUGAAGAUAAGGUGAAGCAAUGUGUUGAUGCUAGACUCAAUGCGGAAUACCCUUCCAAGGCAGUUGCAAAGAUGGCUGCUGUUGCUGCCUUGUGUGUGCAAUAUGAAGCUGAUUUUCGGCCAAAUAUGAGCAUUGUAGUUAAAGCUCUACAGCCUCUAUUGAACCCUCGAUCCGGUCCCCCAAGUGGAACACCGCAGCGCUUGUGAAUUCUUCCUGACAACUUAAUCUUCCUUGCAGGAUAUAUUAUUGAAAUUUGUUUUGUAAACAGGGUGUUUUAGAUCAGGGUGUUUUAGAUCAUGUACCUUUUAGUCAUCAAUGGCCUACCAGAUUUAUGUUUGUAAUCUAUGUAAUCAUUCUACAGAUGUGAUGAUUUGAUUGUUGAGAGCAUUAGCAUAUUGAACUGCUAUGGGUGAUUUAUUGCUCUAUGGCUUUCUUUAGGAGUGCAAUAGCAUUAGCAUAUUUGUUUCAACUGUUGUGUAUUUGAUUCCCAAAAAAAACUGUUCUGUAUUUUUGCUAGGCAGUUAUGAAAAUCUUGCUGCAUCCUGUCC